GUGUCUCUCUCUCUUUGUGUGUGUGUGUGUGUGUGUGUGCGCGCGCGCGUGUGUGUGAGUUAGCAAGCCCAGCCUCCUUCUUUACAUAGACACAGCAGCGUUUACCUGAGACCAUUACCUGUGUGAAGCGCACCUGGACGGGUUCACACAAACGUGGAUUUUACAAGAGAAAAUAAAGACGCUUUCGGGAAGUAAAGAUCUAAAGAACGUGAUUUAGAAAUGUAUGAUCCAUUUUGUAAACUGAUCUAGAUUCCGAGCAGCAUUUUGUCUUCAAACUGAUUUUUAAGUCUUAUGAUUGCUAUGAUCCGGAGUUGACUCACAUCAUGUCCAAAUCCUCAGAUCAGUUUGACAGCUCAGACUGCGUGUGUUCAUUCGGGAUGAAGUUGACCUGGGAUAUAAACGACCCCAAGCUUCCACAGGACACGAAGCAGUAUGAUGCGUUCCAGGAGUGGACAGAUGGAUAUGUACGUUAUAUCUACAGCAGCGAAGAUAAGAACGCACAAAGACACCUGAGCGGAUGGGCCAUGAGGAACACUAACAAUCAUAACUGUCAGAUCCUGAAGAAGUCCUGUCUUGGUGUGGUGGUGUGUUCACGAAACUGCUCUCUCCCAGACGGGUCCAAACUACAGCUGAGACCGGCCAUCUGUGACAAAGCACGACAGAAACAGCAAAAAAAGCUUUGUCCAAACUGUAACUCUGCUCUCGAGUUGAUUCCGUGCCGAGGUCACAGUGGCUAUCCAGUAACCAAUUUUUGGAGAGUAGAUGGGAAGGCAAUCUUUUUCCAGGCUAAAGGAGUACAUGACCAUCCCAGACCAGAGAGUAAGUCUGAAACAGAGGCAAGAAGGAGUGCAGUGAAGAGAAGGAUGUCUUCACCUCACUUUUCACAGAAGAGAAGACUGGUGGAGCCAGAGCCUGGACGUUACCACGACAUGGCCUUCCCAAAUAUCCACCAGCUCACCAUGGAGGGCCCAGAGCGCUUCAGCAUCAUUGCAGAGUCCAAUUUUCCAAUACAGACCCAACACUAUCCUCCUUUCCAGAACACAGAGCCCUACAAGUUCCCUUAUGACACACACACAACAGCGGCCAUGGCGGACGCUCCCAGCUCACUGCAGAAGCCUGCCAACCACCGUCUGUAUAUGACCCGCCCUCCUUGUGGGUAUGACUUUGCAGUCCCAGGAUAUCUUGGCUCAGGGCCUUAUCCAACAGCACUGUAUAAGGAUCCUUCUAGCCCACAAACUGAGACAGAACCCAAUAAGUCAGGGAGCAGUCUGAGUGGUGUGCCUCAUGGCACAAGUCCAUUAGGCAGCCAUGAGCGGAGCUACACAGAAACUACAGGAAAGCAUCAUGGCUGGAAGCAAAUUCUUAGUAAAGGUGCCUAUGGGGAGAGAGGAGACUACUCUCAACUCCCAACCAACACCAACCACCACUACUACAACAGUGACUACCCAUGUAGGUACACGGGACCUGCCCCUGCCACCCCGGCAGCACUGCAGACUAUAAUAACCACAACCACAAAAGUGUCCUACCAACCAUGCCCUAAGCCAUCUGUUGUCAAAUAUGGAGAGAACAUCUAUGAUGUGAAAGGCCUGUCUAACUGUAACUCAAUCUUGGAAGAUGCCUCUUCUAACUCCUACUCAGACCUGAAGAUUCCAGAGGAUUCGGGAGUGAUCAAAUCUGCCCUCUCAUACCAGGACACGCUCCCAGCUAAAAUCGAGAGGUCUGAAAACUUUGAGGGCUAUCGCUACAGCAGUUACAGCUCAAACAGUUACCCUGAACGAAUGUCGCAUCCUUUUAGGUACGACAGUGGGGAAUACUGAGGGACUGCAGAAACAAACAGGGUAAAAAACAAGACAAAACAAAUCAAAACAAAAAACAGAGCAAGUACAUAGAAAAAUGUUAUUUAUAUUCAGUAUUUGAGCUGUUUUAAUGUCUUGAGUUUUAAAGUGAUUGUAGAUAGCGGAUGGAUUUUGUGUACAUUUUUUGAUUUGUAUUGAUUAAACGACUGACUUCAGUGUUGAGUACAUUUCCAUAUAUUCAAAUAACGUGUUUAAAGCCAUGAUUGGUAAUUAGCUGUUGUCUUUGAAAUAAAUAAAAACAUGUCAAAUGAG